AUGUCUUGCUGAGGAGGAGGUGGUGGCUUCUGCUCGGUGAAGAAAAAAGGUCCUGAUUUUAUUUUUCCAGAACGCGCCCGCCGCUUGCGCAAGCCGCGUCUCGAUGCAGAGGCUGCUCGCGCGUCACCAGCGCGCGAGAGUACGUGCGCGCCUUCCUGAGGGAGACGGAAAAUCGGGUUUAAUUUGGGAUUUAACGCGUGUGUCGUGUAAUUUGGGAUAUAUAUGAUUAACCGCGAUUUUCUGAACCGAAUGGAUGCGGGAAUGAUGCCUCUCCGUGUCGGGAGUUCCUUUCUGUGCCUCUUUGUAGCGGUGAUGAGCUCUGUGAUACAUACCAGCUUCUCCCUGCCUCAUUACGGAGACGCCUUGGUAAAGACGAGGGCUCGGCGUGAUGACGCCAGGUUCCUCGGGAGAGAGAACACGGUACCGGUCCGCUUGGUGUACCGAGUGGACGGAGACAGUCAGGCCGCUCAUAAUGUUCUCAACACACGGCUUCGAUUGAGCUCUGACAGUAAACAGAACCACAUGGCACAGGCUAGCUUCCAGGUGCAGGCCUUCGGACAGACCUUCAUUUUAGACGUGGAACUGAACCAUGAUCUUCUAUCAUCAAAUUACAUUGAGAGGCACAUAUCAGAGGAGGGGAAUUCAGUUGUCAACAAAGGUGGAGAACACUGUUACUACCAUGGGAAAGUAUGUGAUAUUCCGAAGUCAUAUGUGGCGCUUUCAACUUGCCAUGGAUUACAUGGGAUGUUCUUUGAUGGGAACCACACAUACAUGAUCGAACCAGGAGGAGAGAAUACUACAAGUGAGGAGGUUCACGUGCACAUGAUUUAUCAGUCUCCUGGUUUGGACCCCCCAGAGGACUUCAUUUCUGCAGUUCACCUGGCAGAGUCACCGUUCCAGAACCCUCCACUGUCCAGUGCCGCCCACAGAAGGAAAAAGAGACAGAUAGCACAAAAUCCACGGAGUGUUGCAGAUGAGACCAAAUAUAUAGAGCUGAUGGUCAUAAAUGAUCAUUUGAUGUACAAGAAACAUCGCCUUUCCGUUGGACAGACAAAUAAUUACGCUAAAUCUGUUGUGAAUAUGGCUGAUCUGUACUUCAAAGAGCAAAUCAACACUAGAAUUGUCUUGGUUGCGAUGGAAACGUGGGCUGCGGACAACAGGUUUAACAUCAACGACGAUCCUAUGGUGACAUUACGAGAGUUUAUGAAGUACCGAAGAGACUUUAUUAAAGAAAAGUGUGACUCCAUUCACCUUUUCUCGGGCAACCGUUUUCAUAGCAACUGGGGAGGAGCCUCAUACAUAGGCGGAGUCUGCUCACUCACUAAAGGAGGCGGAGUCAAUGAGUAUGGAAAGACUGAAGAAAUGGCCAUAACUCUCGCCCAGUCACUGGGACAAAAUAUCGGCAUCUUUUCUGAUAAGAAACGCAUUUUAAACGGGGAGUGCAAGUGUGAAGAUAAAUGGUCUGGCUGCAUAAUGGAUGAUGUUGGCUUCUACUUACCCAAGAGAUUUUCUGACUGUAAUGUGGAAGAGUAUCAUGAUUUCCUGAACAGUGGAGGUGGUGCGUGUCUCUUCAACAAACCUUCAAAGCUCUUGGAUCCUCCAGAGUGCGGAAAUGGUUUUGUGGAGGCAGGAGAGGAGUGUGACUGUGGAAGCCCAGCCGAGUGUGCUAGAGAAGGAGAGGACUGCUGCAAGAAAUGUAUGUUGACUCAGGGAGCCAAAUGCAGUGAUGGUCUCUGUUGUAAGAACUGCCAGCUGGAGUUUAUGGGUGUACUUUGUCGUGAGGCUGUCAAUGAUUGUGACAUACCGGAAAUGUGCACUGGGAACUCCAGCCAGUGUCCUCCAAACCUGCACAAGAUGGAUGGGUACACAUGUGAGAAAGAGCAAGGAAGAUGUUUCAAUGGCAGGUGCAAAACCAAGGACAGACAGUGCAAAUACCUCUGGGGAGAGAAAGCAACAUCGGCUGAUAAGUUUUGCUAUGAGAAACUCAACAUUGAGGGCACAGAGAAGGGCAACUGUGGACGAGAUAGAGACACCUGGAUUCAGUGCAAAAAACAGGAUGUACACUGUGGAUACCUGCUGUGCUCCAACAUUUCUCCUGCACCCAGACUAGGAGAGUUACAGGGAGGAUUGACAUCUUUCUCUGUGGCCCAGCACAGCGCCUCACUGGACUGCAGUGGAGGGCAUGUGCUGAUUGACGUCGACACUGAUUUGGGAUACGUAGAGGAUGGAACGGCGUGUGGGAUGGAUCACAUCUGCUUUAAUCACAAAUGCCUCCCAGUGCAGGAAUUCAACUUCAGCACGUGCCCCGGCACCAACGAAAGGGUGAUCUGCUCCGGACAUGGGGUGUGCAGUAAUGAGCUCAGGUGUGUGUGUGACCUGGGCUGGGCAGGUGAGGAAUGUAACGCCACCUCUCCUUUGAGUUACCUGCUGGUGCGACCCACAGCCAAAACAUCAGGCGUCAUCACUACUAACAUCAUCAUCGGGGCCAUUGCGGGCUCUAUCCUGGUCCUUGCACUGAUUCUAGGCAUUUCUGCAUGGGGAUACAAGAGCUACAGACAGCGUCAGUAUGUUGAGUCUGACGUACACAGAAGAUUCUGUCGUCAAAUGCCUCCGGGUGAUUACGUGAAGAAGCCUGGAGACGCUGAUUCCCUGUACAGUGACAUGCCGCAGGGCGUGAGCUCAAACUCCGGCAGCAGCUCCAAGAAGAGGUCUGCUUACCUGUCUCACCUCCAGAUCAACACCUGCUCUUUCACCCCCUCUAUCCCUUCCAUCAGCCAAAACAUCUCUCUGUUCGGCUUCAGAUCUAAUGGUAUGUCUCACUCCUGGAGUGAAAGAAUCCCAGAUGCCAAGCACAUCUCUGACGUCUGUGAAAACGGACGACCCAGGAGCAACUCAUGGCAAGGAAACAUCACAGGUACCCGUAAGAAGCUCAAGGGAAAGAAGUUCCGUCCUCGCUCCAACUCCACAGAGACACUGUCACCCGCCAAAUCGCCCACUUCUUCAACGGGCUCCAUCGCCUCCAGCCGGAGAUACCCCUACCCCAUGCCUCCCCUUCCAGAUGAGGAGAGGAAGGCCAACAGACAGAGUGCCAGGCUGUGGGAAACAUCAAUAUAAAAGAACUCCUCGAAACUGGUCUGCAAAACUCCGUAAGGAUUUCUCUGCUUUUGUAUGAAUGAGAAAACAAAAUAAGUAAGAAAAUAAGGAAUUCAAAUGGAGAAACAAGGGACGAGUGAAUGGAAGAGUUGGGCAUGGUCUCCUCCGAUCUCUGUUUAGCAUUUGUGGCAUGGAGCCGUCUUACCCUGGACGUUGAGGAGUGCUGUAUCAGAAUGAAUUUCCUGCUGUCAUUCAUAAACAGGACUCAGGAACAUGAUUUCAUCACAAGACAAACCCGUAAUGACAGCCGUGCUGAGCAGACACAGAGACAACAGCAGCCACUCGUGCCCUCGUUAAACCCCGCCCCCACACACAGCCUGCCCCGCCCCCAAACACAUGCUGUCUUGUGAUUGGUGCCCUUGAUGUCCGGGUGCAAGAAGCUCAUGCAGGAGCAGGAAGUUAACUAUUGUUUUGAACGCACGCUGUCACUGUAGAACCUACUGCUGUAUGCAUGAGAAAACAUGUUUAUCGAUUCCUUGUAGUGUAACGAUGUACAAAUGUUUUAAGGUCUUUCACUCAAGGGUGCCGCAUGUAUUGAAGGACAGCUUCGUAGGCUGGUAAGAUUCAAUCCCAUGUCCACUUCACCAGAACAUCAUCCGGUCCCGUUCAUAGAGUCAUAUCUUCUCAGAGAAUUUUGUACAUAUGUCAUAUAAUUCAGAGUGAAAUGUGAGAGUGUAGUAAUUGAUCGGUUUUGACGUUUGGUUGUGGAGAGCGUGGUGGAACUUUUUUUCCGCUUUAAAGUGUCUGUCCUGUGAUCGUCUCCCUGAAUUUACAGAAUUAGUUUCAAGCCUAGCGCACGCUACACAGAAGCACCAUUUCAUGAAUUAUGCGUCAGAUCGUAGCAGUGCAUCGCAAACAAUGAUACUUUUGUAAUGAGCACAUUUCUGCGUCAGAUUGAGUAAAGAUGCUAAGAUCAACUGCAAAGUCGCGACUGAAGUGACAAUAGCCACAGACAUUUUUUUCCUACAUUGUGAUGUAACCAAUUAUCGAAAAAAAAGAGGACAGGGACUUGGUUCUAUUUGUUGGUAGCUGAUUGGAUGGAGGCAGAUCUGAAUGUAGAGCCAAUGGGCGGAGCAUGGUGUCUGGCUCCCCCUCUCUGGAUGUAAUGGGUGGAGAUUUAAAGUCCAACCACUCCCUAACCAUAACCCUAUCUCUAAACACUAGGUCAAGCUCCACCCAUUAGGUCCAGAGAGGUGGAGCUGGAUUAGGUCAAGCUCCACCCAUUUGACUCUUUUGGCAAUUGUGAGAAAAGGGCGGAGUUUAAGUGAACUAAAUGAUGGAAGUCCAACAUGCAUCACCCUAGAGAAGUCUCGUUUUUAAUGCUUUUUCUGUUA